AUUUUUAAGAAAUUGCUAUCUCAUCUUCAUUAUUUGUUUUCAGUUCUUUGGUAGAUUUUUGGUUUACAUGUGAUGCUAUUCCACGAGAGUCUGACCCUUGUAAAAAACCUGCUGCUUAUGAUUUAAAUGGAAUGAUCUAAAUUACUUGCAGAAUUUGUAAGUAGUGACUCCGACUGGGAGUUGGUAGGGAUCAGUCAUCUGUAAAAAGUUUUAAGAUGCAAAUGGGCAAAAGCAUUUGAAUUUCCCUUUUGAAGUCAUUGAACAGAGAAAACAAAGUCUGAGAACCUUUCUUACUCAAAGAAGUCUAAUUAACAUGUAAAGAAGUUAAUUGCAAUAUUUGUAGCAUUUACUGUGUAACAUCCCUUUAGGAAUACAAGGUUGGGCAUCUCCAGUACAGUGCAUUCCUAAGAGGAAUCUAAAUUACAGUUGCCAAUGAAUUAAUUACUUCCUCUAUGGCAAUAGUUAAUCAUUGGUGUGUUGGGUUUUUCUCCAUCUUCUGAUUCUGAGUCAUGAAAAUGGGUGUUAAAUUCAUUUUAUCAGUAGAAGUGUUGCAAAAUCCUAUCAAUCUCUUUGCAAAGUCAAUUUGCAAGGGUUUGAGCAGGAGCACUAAAAUCAGCCCUCUUUACCUAUGAAGCAUUUGUUUGAAAGCAAACUUCAUUAAGUACAAUAUUGUUGGCUUUCCCAGAAGAGCUACUGUCCCUUCCUGCUUGGUUUCUUUUCCCCCCACAAGAAAGUGUUUGGGGGCUCCUAUAUAUAUAUAUUACUGCUAGAAGUAUGAUAUUCUUUAUUUGGUUUCAUCACAGUGGGUUUAUCUUUGCAGUAUUGAACACAGUGUAUGGGGGGAAAAAAUUAUUAGUUUCCUUACUUGAUUUCCCUCAAUUUUGUGAUUGAUGCAUAUCAAGUUAUUAAUUUGCUUGGUUUGGAUUCCUAAGUGCUAUUCAUAUUGUUUCUUUAUCCCACUUCAGCUCCCUGACAGCUGGAAUUGCUGUGGGCAUCCAGUUACUCGCAUAUGUGCUGAAAGCAGUAAUUUAUGAGCAAGGCAAUGUUAUGGAUGAAAAGCCUAAGCAAUAACUCUGGUUUAGUGUAGGAUUAAUCUAGAAGUCAGAGACCUGCUGAGUCAUUAUGGUGAGGACUGGUAGGUCACAGCUUUUUGGUGUGUGGGUAUUUCUGGUGUCCUCUGGAAAUGCCAUUUGAUGGCUUACCUGGAAUAAGUACAUGGAGUGUGACUAAACAGCACUUUGUAGGUAACUCACCUUCCCAGUGUCUGCAGUUCAUCCUGACAUUGCAUUUCUGACUUGAAAAUGGAAAGGCUUCACCUCUUUGUCUCAGUCAAGCUUUUAGCAUGUGGUCAUUUUGUCCCUGUCCCAGCAUCUGCAGAAACACUGAAACCUCAACGAGUGGCUGCACAUAAACCAUACAAGGCUUUUUCUAAGCUGUGCCUUGAAGAAGUGUUGCUACAAUCAGCUAAGUGGAAAGCCUUGAUUCAUCUUUGAGUGCCUGCAGUUACAGCUCCAGUUCCUCUGGGUGUCAGUGGAGUGAGUUGAAUUCCCGUUUCCUGAAUGGGACAGGAGAGUGUCAUUUUCUCCAGGCUGUGCCAUUUGCCAUGUGGGCAGGGGAUGGUGCUGUUGCUCCAAGUAAUCUCAUUGAGGCCGUGGUGGUGCUCAAAUUCUCUCAUUCUCUCUCGAAUCACUUCCUGAAUUGGUUUGGUUUUUUUUUUUUUAACCUUUUUCAGGUUGCUCUAUCUGGUUUCCUUGACCUCAAGCAUGAGUCAGACAAUUGAAAUUUUUGUUAUGUUUUAAUGUAGUCUUGUGCCCACUAUGAAAUGAGAAAGCAGGGAACAAAAGACUUUAUUGGAAAUAGAAGCUGGGUUUAUGCACAUGACAUUUUUAUUAAUGUUAAGCAUGUACCUGCUGCAGUAUGAGCAUAGACAAUAUCCACUCUUACUCCCCAGUUAUGGGAAAUGAGAAAAUAUGUUUUUGUUCAACUCAUGCAUUUACAAUUGGGGAAUUUAAUGGAACAGAUUUUGCUGUGCAAUAUUAUUUGAUUUACAGAGAUUUCUGACCUGCUGUCCCUGAAUUACUGCCAGGUCUUAGUAAGCCUGGGAUGUUAUUUCAUAUUAUUCAAGCACCAACAUAACUGCUCUACACUUUCCAAAGAAAUGGGAAGGCUGUGGAAGACCUACUGUUUUAGCAAGUAACGGUGUAAUUAGCAGGAAAAACUCAGCGUGUGGAAAGGACAGGAAAUAUGUUGUUUUGCAUUUUUUUUUACUUUCAAACAGUUGUGGUAACAGAGGUGGCAUUUCUAGGAUGUCAUGACAGACUCUUAGAGCAGGAGAGAGGGGAAGGGUGUUGUAAGACACAAACUAAUCUGAGCUGCUACCACAAGAAAAAAUGGCCCAAGUAAUCUCUCAUUGAUAUCUGUGGGAAAUUGGCUCAUAAAUCCUCCUGGAUCUUAGAGCAUAGGUGAACAGAAUUUCAUCCACAAAAUAAUCUGAUAGCUUUAACUUUUUGGCUACUUCUAGCCUUAAUUUCACUAGGUAUCAGAAUGGUAUAACAAAAGGUCCAAGUCUUGGUCAUUCUUACACACAUCUAUGAAAUGUCAUGACCGUGAGGGAAUGUGAAGGAAGGAAAUAGAGAUAAAAGCCAGCCUGUGCAGGUGAUUAUUCCCACACACUUCACAGUAAAUGUGCUUUCCUCUUACCCUUCCUGUGCUCAAAGCCUCCUUCAGUAAGAGAAGGCUGCAGGUUGCAUAUAAUGAAGCACAGUAGUAUCUCUGAAAUGCAGUAAAAAUGUCAUUACAAGUCUUGCUCUGUAUCAGUUGCUGAGUAUUCAUCCCAUGUUCUGUUCUUUCACACUGACUGCUCGUCUUUGUAUGCAGAAAUAUUAAAUCAGGGAAGUUACUCUGUGGGUGCCUCGGUAGCUUCGUUAACUGCUUGACCUAUUUCUCUCUGCUCACCCUUCUGCCAUUUUAUGUUUACUUUCAGAAAAUCUUCUGGUGGUAAGGAUGACUGGAGGAAAUUAAGAGUUGAUAGAUCCUGACUGUGCUGGCACCACAGAGUGAAUAUGAAUUAUAAAAUAAGAAAAAAAAGAAAAUACCCAUUCAUUUUUGAUGAGUUUCAGCAGUGCCAGCUUAGCAAGAGAACUGGCUUGAUACCAUGGCCAUCCACUGCUCCUAACAAAUAAAUUCAGUAAGGCAGUGUUUUGUCAGUGCUUGUACUUGAUCAUAUUCACCAUUUCAGCAGCUCUGCUUGCAGCACAGGCAGUCUCUCACUUGAAAUCAUCUGAGGUUGUUCCUUAAUGGACACGGCCAAAAUUUUCCAUAGCAAUGAUACAGACAUGGUUGACAUGACAUGUGAAGGGAAGAAUGAAGCUGGGGUGUUUUAGUUUUUGGAUUUCUUUCCCCUACACCUCCUUCCCUUUUCCUUCCUGCUUUAUGCUUAGAUGUUACAACAUUUUAUAGAUGCUGUUAGCUGCAGGUAAUCUGACUUGCUGCUUCAUGAGGAGCAUACACAGUGAUUCUCCCAGCAGCUGGGUAUAAAGCAUCUGUUAACCUUAAGGGCAUAACAGAGUAACCACCUAUUAAUGCCAUUUACAGUGAGUAAAAAUACCCUGUGAUCCAUCAGAGGCAUCCCCUGGCUAGAGGAAACAAAACCCAGACUAAAUGAUUGCUUAAUUAUUUAACCUGUUUAUGUUGUGUUUUGCCCUGGCUCGGCACCUACUGUGUCACCUUCACUCCAGACUGAUGUAUCAUCGUGUGUAUUUAUUUGGAGCCUCUUUGUAUUUGUUUCGUCUGUCUUAGCAGGCUCUUGUGUUGCAGAUGAGGAUCUAAGCAGACAUGGAUCGAGUGAACACUGAAUUUGAGCAGAAGAUCACUUGUCACACUUGGCUUCAGUCCUGUGCAGGUAGAGCCUGGAUGUUAUGGUGACCUAUAGACUCUAUAUGUUGCCUAGAGUCCGAAAAUGACUGGUGGGAAGGAAGGAUGAGAGAAGACUACAAACCGAUGAAUGACUAGGGGAAGAGGAGUCAUGAUUUACUGUUUUCAGACUAGAAGAAACACAGAACCUCAGCAAUAUUGCCAGGGUGCCCACAGCUCUCAGUGCAGGAUGCUGAACCUGGCCUGUAAAAACCAUACCAGACAGAAAAGAACAGACUAAAUUCUGUUCAUGACUGCCAGUGGGAACAGUCACACUUUUGUUUGUCCACACAUGCUAAAAGCUGCUACUGUUGUUCUCCAGAUGCAUUCCCUUCUUUCUGCACAAACUGCUUGCUUGGGACAAAUUUACCUUUGAAGGCCUGACGUUGAGCAGUUUGGGGUUUGAAGUCCCUUCAUCAAGCUGGUCAACUCAGCCUCCCCAGUAACAGCAAGGGAAAGGUCAAAUAGUCAAUAGCACAAACUUUCCAAGCAUCCUGAGGCAAGAGAUUUGUUAUUUUCAAAAUGAGAAGAUUAAACUCAUAGAUGUGAGACUUGCAGACAGAAAUGUCUUAUUUCAACAUUGACUUGGUUGGCUUUAGGCUGUCCUUAAUGAUACUGGUAACACUUCAAGUUGUCAUUGCAGCAGAUUGGUGGAAUACAGUCAAGUUUAUACUUGACCACAUCAAAGUCUGAUUUUUUUUCACUUUACAGCCACUGUUUUGAAAACACAGUCUAAGUUUCCAGUCUGAAAUACUGGGUGGUUAGAAAGGACAGAGGCAUGGUCGUGUUGUAGAGCUCAGUCUUACUCUGCUGGACUCGAAGUCCACUGUUGCUUCUGGCAGUGAUGGGCCUCCAGCUGCAGUGUUGUGCUCUGGAAGAUAUUGUGCUGCUGUACAAACCCUGCUCCCUGAGCAGUGGGGUCGGCUGUAUGAUUUGAUUGCUUCAACAGAUCUGUUUCAUCAACAAGGCUCUGCAGACUGGGACUGCCCUGGUAUUUCUUGUUAGAUAUUCUGGAGGUCAUUUUUGUUCCCAGUGCGUGGUGGGAAACCAAUCUUUUCAAAGAUUCUAUUCCAAUACAGUGGCUGAUAGUUUCCUGGCAGUCCUGUGGCCCUUGCAAGCAAGAGGCAGGAAGGGGCUGCCUGCCCGAGUGUCUUGGGCCAGUGACACAGGAAAGGGGUGCAUGGGCUUGUAUCAGUCACCCAAAAUUAUUGAGAAUCCUGCAUAUGUUGACUACAACAACAGAGAUGCUUUUACAAAACCUAUUCUUGCCCUGUCUUGUAGUCCUUGUGGAUUUAAGCACAAAGAGCUCCAUUGGAAGACUUGGAUCAAGUUUAGGCUUUAAGGCACUUUCUGAGUGCUGUGUUGGAAAUAGCAGUCAGGCUGAAACAUGCAUUAAAGAAAUGGAAUUAAAGUUUGAACUUUGGUUAGAGCACUCUACCAGAGAGGCUCUGAGGACUCCAGGGCUUGCAAUGGGUUGCCAACUUCUACAGAGUCUGUCUGUGAUUGUUACAUUUUUUCCAUUUGACAAGGUCUGGACAUUUUUUUUGGGAGACCUUAGUGCAAGUGUAACAGACUUUGACAGCAGCGGUUCAAGAGGUAAGUUGGAAAAGAAGUGACCUUGCUGGUUUGCUGCUCAGAAGUUUUGUUGUUUGCUUCUCUGGUAAACAAGUCUAAGUCUUUUCUGCAAGUUCAGAAUUGGCUGUUGUCCAUAGAAGGACUUUUGACUGUGCUUAACUGCACUCUCCUUUCCUCUAAAUUUUUUUUGCAAGAUUACAGGAUUUUGUCUAUAAAAAAAGUCAUUUCCUAUCCUAUCAGUGCUCGGUCCGCUAUUAUUGAGAAGUGGAAUGAACAGAGCAAUAUAGAGCAAAGGAUGAUUCCUCUCUAAAUUCUGGAAGUACAGUUUGAUUUUUGGCCUUAGAUCACAGCAGUUAAGGGUUUUGGGAUAUUAUGUCACCCUGAAGUUAUCCUGGGAAACACUGACCUGGUGGUAUUUCCUUCCUUCCCUGAUGCCUCUUUUCUCCAUUUGUCACUGGCUUGCACAGAGAAAUGGGACAAAUGAGAGAGGUGGUUUUGAUUCCAUAAAUGUGCUGUCAGUCCUGGAGAAAGCAGUGUGGCAAAGGGGUUUCAGGGAGAGAGCUGUGAUUAGGGUUAAACGAUGUCAAGUCACAACCACUAAAAGCUGCAAUGUGGGCAAGUUUCUAGAGAAUAAUGAUAGGAAGAAAUCAUGGUUUUAUGGCACUUUCAGAAAAAUUUUUGAUUGCCUUUCAGUCUUGUUUGAUGCUCACAUAAUGAAAACCUUGAAGAACACCAUGGCUGGCCUGGAAAAAUUGCUUUCAAUCUCGGAUUGAGACUUUGCAGUGGAAGAUGCUUCCUGCAGGUGCACUGGGGCUGACAGCUCUUAGAGCUUUUGCAUUUUGCCACUGUCUUGUUUAAAAGAUUGUCUGUUGGACACAAGAAAUGCUUUAGAUUUGGAAGCUUUUCAAGGAGAGGCAGCAUGAAAACUGUUUAUGUAAUUUCACUUAGCCUGGGCUAUUCUAUCCUUGAGGGGGAACACUUCAACUUGAAUUAUUUGCUGAAUUAAUCUCAAGACUGGAGGCUGACCUGGAGCUCUGCCACAGAGUUUUGCUGUGAGAGAGAAUCUCUUGCUGAGGGUGAAUUUCGAAAACAUAAUAUGAAUGGCUGUCAGUGCAAAGGCUUCCACAUGUCUUGCACAAUGAUCAAGGCCAGUUUCAUUCCUCCUCUGUACCUGCUUCAUUCUUUAUCAUGAGUUUUAAUUCACUUGAGUUGCAAUAUGUAAAAUACAGCUUUCUGCUUGUGGGACAAAGAAGGGACUUCAGAAGAGCAGCAUAUUAAGUGUGAAAGGAGUGAAGCUUCUCUUCACCAUUUAAAAGGAGAGCAAUGGAGCUGGUGAAUGCUCUGAAGAGCAUUUGAGGAAACUGAGAGUAUUUAACUUGGAGAAGAGGAGGCUUGAGGGGACUCUAUUGCUCUCCAGAACUGCGAAAAGGAGCUUGCAGCCAGGUGGAGGUCAGUCCAUUCUCCCAGUAGGAAGAAAACCCAAGGAAGGAGCCCAAGGGAAGGUUGUCAGAAGGUGGGGUAAGAAUAAGUGGAGCUGAGAGGAUGGAUAAUGCUCAAAGAAAAUUAUAGUUUCUGUAAAUCCUACAUUUAUCUUCUGCACGUAGAACAAGCCUUAGGAAGCCUGUUAAAGAGGGAGCCUGAUGACAUUGUUCUCAGGUGGGAAACUGCACCAAAAAAAAGUGCCAUCUCCUCUCACCAUGGGAUAAUAAAGACAGUCUUUGCCAUGGACCUACACCCCUUAAGAGAAGGUUGUCAGCACUUGGAGGACUGGAGCAGCACAGGUGCCUUCGCUUGCAAGAUGGUGCCAUUUGUUCAGUCCACUGCCAUCGUAACUGAGAUUCUUACCAUGACCUGCAUUGCUGUGGAGAGACACCAGGGAAUUGUGCAUCCACUAAAAAUGAAGUGGCAGUACACCAAUAAAAGAGCUUUCACCAUGCUUGGCAUAGUCUGGUUGCUGGCUCUUAUUGUUGGGUCACCCAUGUGGUACGUGCAGCGGCUUGAGGUUAAAUAUGACUUUCUAUAUGAAAAAGUGCAUGUUUGUUGCUUGGAAGAAUGGGCCAGUCCCAUUUAUCAGAAGAUAUAUACAACCUUUAUUCUUGUUAUACUCUUCCUUCUUCCACUGAUGCUGAUGCUUUUUUUGUACACUAAAAUUGGCUAUGAACUCUGGAUUAAGAAACGAGUGGGAGACGCUUCAGUUCUUCAAACCAUUCAUGGCAGUGAAAUGUCUAAAAUAUCAAGGAAGAAGAAGCGAGCAAUUGUUAUGAUGGUGACAGUGGUGUUUCUCUUUGCAGUCUGUUGGGCCCCUUUCCACGUGAUUCACAUGAUGAUGGAAUACAGUAAUUUUGAGAAGGAGUAUGAUGAUGUGACAAUCAAAAUGAUCUUUGCAAUUGUCCAGAUCAUAGGAUUCUUCAAUUCUAUUUGCAACCCUAUUGUGUAUGCUUUCAUGAAUGAGAACUUCAAGAAAAAUUUUCUGUCUGCCCUCUGCUUCUGCAUUAUGAAAGAAAACACAUCCCCAGGCAGGCAGCUUGGGAACUCAGGAAUGACCAUGAGGAGGAAAAAGCCAAGUGCAUCUCAGAGAGACCCCACGGAUUCGGAUGGAGGCAGGAGGGAGGCGUUCAGUGAUGGCAACAUCGAGGUCAAGUUCUGUGAUCAGCCAGCUUCCAAAAGGAAUUUGAGAAAGCACCUGGUCCUGUUCAGCUCUGAGCUUACUGUGCACUCUGCAGUAGGAAAUGGACAGUAGCACCACAAGGGGUUUGGGAAUGGAGAAAUCAUUCUCUUUAUGAUCAUUUCAAUAAGCCAUUUAAAAGAGCUUGCUGCUUUGCAUGCUGAAAUGAGGGGGGGAAAAUGAUCUGUGGACUCUAAUAAUGUUGGGAUAGUGGCUGAGAAAAUGUAAAAUUUAUUUUAUAAAAACAAAGAGUAAAUCUUUGGAAAACAA